CCCCUUUCUGCGUCUUCGCGAGGCAGCUCUGCCUAUGUGCUCCGUCGUCCUGGGAGCUACCCUGACUGGCUGAGGAAAGUCCACUGCUUUGAUUCCGUCUCCGCCCCCUCCCCUCCCCUCUCCUCCCCUCCCGAGCCCUGGCAUUCCCAGUGUUCAGGAAUGUGGCGAGCUGGCUUCUGGCCGGAGAAGGAAGGACCGGAGGAAGCGAAGGCGGAAAGUAGGUCUUCCCUGCCUCUGCUUCGCUUCUCCCGAUGCCUCUGCUCGGCUGCCUGGUUUUUCCUCCUGGGAUCAGCCUCUCUCUUUAAAUGCACAGCGCAACCCUUGGCGAGCUGGUUGCCAACAACAACCACCCCAAAAUGCCCGAAGUCCCAGGCGCUGGAGAAUAGACGACCCGGGGCAGAGGCGUCCUCGCGCGAUUGGAUUUACAGGUGCUGGAGGGUGCCGGGGAGCUCUCCGAGGUGCUGAACACUCGGCAGCCUCUCGAAGAGCCUUCGGGCUGAACUCUCCUUUCCUCCGCUUUCCCUCCUGGAUUCCCUCAUGACUCGGACACGUUCGCUUGGGAGGAGGUUGUGAAUUCCUCACCAUAUCAUGGCCCGGAUUAGAUACCUGCGUGCAGCUGUCUCGGGAUUCUAUCUGUGGGAAGCUGCGGUGCUGCUCAGUUUGGUGGCCACGAAGGAAACAGACAGUGCAAGAUCACGCAGCCCGCCAAUGUCUCCAUCAGAUUUCCUGGAUAAAUUAAUGGGUAGGAUGUCUGGCUACGAUGCAAGAAUAAGACCGAACUUCAAAGGGCCUCCGGUAAAUGUGACAUGCAACAUCUUCAUAAACAGUUUUGGGUCCAUUGCAGAAACAACCAUGGAUUAUCGUGUGAACAUCUUUCUCCGUCAGAACUGGAAUGACCCCCGUCUUGCUUAUAGUGAAUAUCCAGAUGACUCUCUAGAUUUGGACCCAUCCAUGUUGGACUCUAUCUGGAAACCUGACUUGUUCUUUGCCAAUGAAAAAGGCGCCAAUUUUCAUGAAGUAACAACAGACAACAAAUUGCUACGGAUUUUUAAAAAUGGAAACGUUCUCUAUUCCAUCAGAUUGACUUUAAUACUCUCCUGCCCAAUGGACCUCAAAAAUUUCCCAAUGGAUGUCCAAACAUGUAUCAUGCAGCUGGAAAGCUUUGGAUACACGAUGAACGAUCUCAUCUUUGAGUGGCAAGAAAAGGGGGCUGUCCAGGUGGCCGAUGGACUCACUUUGCCACAGUUUCUCUUGAAAGAAGAUAAAGAUUUAUGUUACUGCACCAAGCAUUACAACACAGGCAAGUUUACAUGCAUUGAAGUUCGAUUCCACCUUGAAAGGCAGAUGGGCUAUUAUCUCAUUCAAAUGUAUAUACCCAGUCUCCUAAUUGUCAUACUUUCCUGGGUGUCGUUUUGGAUCAAUAUGGAUGCAGCACCAGCAAGAGUGGCUUUAGGAAUAACAACAGUACUCACCAUGACAACACAGAGUUCAGGGUCACGGGCUUCCCUGCCAAAGGUCUCGUACGUCAAGGCUAUUGACAUCUGGAUGGCUGUAUGCCUGCUUUUUGUAUUCUCGGCACUUCUGGAAUAUGCAGCUGUAAACUUUGUGUCAAGGCAGCAUAAAGAACUUUUGAGAUUCCACCGAAAGAGGAAGAAGAACAAGGAUGAAGAUUCAAGAGAAAAUCGGUUCAGUUUUACAGGCUAUGGAAUGGGGCCAACCUGUAUACAAGCAAAAGAUGGAGUGGUUCCAAAAGCACCAAACAAUCCAGUUCAACCAGCACCAAAAAGCCCUGAAGACAUGAGGAAGGUAUUCAUUGAUCGGGCCAAGAAAAUUGACACCAUCUCCCGAGCCUGUUUUCCGCUAGCCUUUCUGAUAUUCAACAUUUUUUACUGGGUCAUCUACAAAAUCGUUCGGCACGAGGACAUUCACCAAAAACAAGAUUAAGGUUUCCAGUGCUUAACAGUUCUGGUUCUCUAUUACUAUGGUACAAAUACCGAUUGGCUCAUAAAGGACAUGGGGGG